AUGGUUUCAUCAAUCAAUCCAACCGAUAUAUUUUCGUUUAAGGACAAAAUCUUAUCAAUAAUGGACACAAGUCACACAAUUAUCGAUCAAUAUAAAUGUCCAAAAGGAUGGGAACGCUUCGGAAGUUCUUGUUAUUACUUAUCGAAUACGACGAGUAGAAUUUCUCAAGCUAAAAAGACAUGUAAUCACACAUAUUUAACUGAUUCUCAACUAAUCAGAAUUAAAUCUAUCGUUGAAUUAAUCUAUGCUGCUCAUCAUUUGAUGAGAAAUAAUCUCGUUGAAUCACUUAUUGAAAUUGAUCCAUAUUCAUUUAAAGAACAAAUAAUGAAAAGCAAAUUUUCAAAAAUAAAUGAAAAACAAUGGAAAUCAGCGAUAGAGAAAAUUCGAGAUUUUCGUCGUAUUGAUUUUAAACAAAAGAAGAAAAUGGAAUCUUCUCCUAUAACAAUCGAUAGAUCCGUUGAUUCUCAAAUUGAUGAUUCUAACCAAUUAAAUGAUAUUCGACACGUUUGCGAUGAAUUUAUAUGGAAUGCAAUAAAUAUGGAUUCAACUAUUUUUGUAUUAACCAGAGAUUUUACUUCGAAUAAAUUUAUUUGCUCAAUUAAUAAUAUUGAAGAAUAUGCAAAAUAUUCAUAUAUAUGUGAAUAUGUCACUCAUAAUUGUUCUGCAAAUAAUACAUGUGGAAAUCAUGGUUAUUGUAUUAAUUAUCCAGUUACUCAAUGUUUGUGUUAUUUUUAUAGGGAAGGUUUAUCUUGUGAAAAAUAUUCAAGAGGAUUUCUUCAAAUCAUAAUUGGUUUGGUUUUAAUUGGAUUGUCUGUUUAUUCAUCUCUCAUAAUUAAAUUAUUGAUCAAAUGUUACAAACGGAUUCGAAAUGGAUCUGAUAAACGUGUAGAUAAGAAAAAGAAAAAUGACAGACGGCAGAUGCGUGUCUUCGUGAACGAUUUAAUGAAAUCACUGAGUUGUGUUGCCUGUUCGUACUGCCGUACUUCGGAUAAUAAUGAACAUAUAAUGGCAGAUGAACAGAAAUAUAUUCAUCGUUUAUUUGUUAUUCUUUUAAUGUUAUUUUUUAUUGUUUGUGGAACAAUUCCAACAUAUUUUCAUUGGAAUUCGUUUAAUGUUGAUAAAUCAAAUUCGAUAAUUUUAACGAAGAAAAUCAAUGAAAUGAUUAAUCAAUGUGGAAAUAAAUCAAUUUUCAAUAUAAAUAAAUCCAAUUUCUAUUUUUGGGUGACAAUAUUUUGGUUUGUUUUUUGUUUUUUGAUUUGGUUGAAAACUUGUAAAUGUGGUAUAAGAAAUAAUUUUGUUUUUCUAUUUGAAUUUCUAUCUGAAUUAAAUUUAGGAAAAUGUUUAACACCAAUUGAACCAUUUAGACAAAGAAAUUCUGUUGAAACAAGUGUAAUUUUAAGUUUAGUUAUGAUCGAUAUUCUUAUAAGUCUUGAACAAACUUUAUUUGAUAUCAAACAAUUAUGGACACAAGGUGUUAUUUAUCAUUUUGUUUCUCGUGCAUUUAUUCCUCUUCUUAAAAGUCUUCGUUAUUAUCCAAUUUUUCUUUCAUUACAACAACGUGAUCGUUAUGUUCUUUCUUUAUCUAUUAUCUAUAUUUUAAGUCUUAUUGGAUAUAUGAUCAUUCGAGGAUGUUUCUGUUUAGAUUUUUUACCUGAUUCAUCGAUAUUUUCUUUAUUUGAUCAGAUAAAUACUUAUGUCCAAUUUGGAAAUCUCAUUUUUCUUUAUGGAUUAUUGAAAAAUCUGACACAAUAUCUAUUCUUAUCGUAUAUCAGUGCAGAAUUGAUUGUUCGCUUGUUUUAUAAUUCAUAUUGUAUUGAAAAAACAUCUGAAGAAACAGUUCAAUCGAUGAAUAAAUCAUUUUGGAAUAAGAAAAUCUCGACAAAAUUUUCUCAAAUUCCAAUAACAACAAUAACAAUGUGUUCAUAUACAAUAGCAUUUACUUUACUUAUAUAUUUAACAUGUAUGUUUGCUUUUCAACCAAUGAUCAAAACAAAUUUCACAUCUUUGAUUAUCUUUCUUGUCGAAUAUUUCUUCGAUAUUGAAAUUGAUCUUUUUUCAUUUGAUACACAAAUUAUUUUAAGUUCAAUUCUCACAACGAGUUUUUUCUCUUAUCAAUUAUAUCGAGGACUGAUGGAACCAGUAAAAAAUCUUCAAAAUCCGAAUGACAAUCUGUUGGAACUGUUGAAAUCCACAGAAGAAUCACGAAUUCACGAUUCUCUUCGAUAUUUAAGUUUUGUUUUUCUUAAUAUUAUUGGUGGUUAUUAUAUUUGGUUUCAUUUGAUCUUCUUUGUUGUUAUGUUAAUUUGGCCAAUUUCAUUACCUUUAUUUACACAUUGGUUACGAAUUUUCUCUCAUUUAUUUUCAUUUGUUGUUCCUUUAUUAGUUUUAUAUGGAUUAAAACAUUGUUUACCACGUUUAUGGUCAACAUUUGUUUUUCCAUCGAAUCAAAAUCAAAAUGAAGAAAAUAAUCGAAAAUCAAAUGAAAAAAUGAAAUCAAAUCGAAAUUAUUAUGGACUUUUAGUUUAUGUGACAUUUAUUUUAAGUUGUCACAUCACGAUUAUCGAAACAGCAAAGCGUUUGAUUUCUGCAUUGGCAAUAAUGAUUUUUGAAAUGCCUCGUUUGAAUUCCAGUUGUUUCAUACGACGAUGGGAAACAUCUGAUAGUUCGUAUAUGGCAUAUCUUUCUUAUUUACAUAUGGAGAAAACUUACAGAAUACCAACAGAAAUUCGCCCCGAACCCGAUGACAUUGUUGGAGAUAACAAUGAAAAUGAUUAUUCUUCAGUGAGAAGUGAUACACAACGAGCGAUUUAA